UGGUCGGCGGGACGGCGUUGGUUGGUGCUGUUGGUAGCUGCUGUCUGCUGUAGUUGAGACUCGCGGCAAAUUAAAUGUCAAUCCAAUUGYGAAUUUUAGUUUAAUUUAACACGAUGAUUACCGAAACUGAAACGCCAGAAGAUGCCCCGAAAAAAGCACUCAUUUACAUUUGUGGAGCUUGCCAAGCUGAAAAUGAAAUGAAACCUAAAGACCCGAUUCGAUGCAGAGAGUGUGGUUACCGAAUUAUGUACAAGAAACGAACAAAGAGAUUGGUUGUGUUUAACGCUCGAUAAACAAUCCCAGCAAUUUCAAGAAUUUGAAGUGUACAAAAACAACAAYAACAAGAUACAACAAACAACAAACAAUUUUAUUUAUUCAAUUGUUUGUUUUAAUUUUGUAA